AUGACUGAUAUCCUGUAUUGGAAUCAGUCGUUGACUCACCGCACCUGUCGUGUCUGUGUGUGUUUGCAUCAUGGCAGGUGUUACACGUUCGGGAUAGGCCAGGGGGCGUGCAGAAGGCUGGUUUUAGGACUGGCCGCUGUUUCCAGAGGCACAGCUGAGUUCCUGGCAGAAGGAGAACGACUGCAGCCCAAGAUGAUUAAGUCACUGAAGAAGUCCAUGACAUCAGUACUGACUGACAUCUCCAUUGAAUGGCUGUAUCCAGAGACAAAGGAGAUCCUGCUCUCUCCAGUCGGGGCGACCUGUCUGUUCCCUGGUGACCGGCUGAUUGGAUACAGCGUGGUCUGUGAUACCUCCAGAUAUCACUCCAACCCCAAAUCAGACAAACGGAGGCGGUACAGCAUGAUGCGUUCCAACGAGUCGGCCAGUUCAGUGUUCUAUCACUCUCAAGAGGAGGAUGCUGGGAAGGUUUCUGACGGUCAGGGGCCGCACAGGGACAAUCAAGUCGGCUCGCUGUUUGACGGUUGCCAGGAGACCAUGUCCGAGAGCAGUCCUGUUGCCACGGAGCAAGACAUUAUGGGAACUGACAUAGCCACCUCUCCGCGAAGACGUGCUUACAGCACCAAUCAGAUUGUAGAUUACAACCCCAUGAAGAAGGCCUACACCCCUAGUGACCCCAGCUCAGUGGUGGGCAAAAACCCUCUUAGAAGAGCAAAAGUUCAGGAACUCAUAGGACAGACACAUCCUGACCACGGAGCUCAGUGGAAAAUGGACUACCAGCCACAGUUGGCCAGCCUGUGUGCCACAUCCUCAAGAGGACGUCCCAUAACUGCUCACAAACCUCUAGCGCAGCAACCAGAGGGUCUCCAGGGGGAGUCCAAGGUGGAUCAGACCCAUCCCAGCCCAGUCGUGGAAUACGGCUCCAGGUCUUCAACUGACAGCCCUUCUUUAGGCAGCACCGGCGAUGCAGAUGGCUACAUGCAUCAGCUUUGUGAAGUCGAAACGCCCCAGGAUCCUCACGCGCCAGAAUUCAAGGCCAGUCACGGAAAGGGAGAUUGCAAAGCAGUCAUAUCAGGACUGCUGUGCGGGAAGCUCAUGAGAUGGGAGGUGACCUUUGACAUCCAGCCUUACCUGAAAGGCCGAGAGCGGGAGGAGAAAGUUUACGAGGACCUGUGGAACGAAACCUUUCAUCACCUGGCGGGACGCUCCAUUAUUCAAGACUUUGAACACAUGGUGGAUAAAGAGUGUGAGAUUGAGCAUGGUUCUGGGAGAAGGUACCAGCUUUACGCCAUCCACACGAGCAAAGCCUGCAACAUCUUAAGCAAAUACACAGCGUUUGUACCUAUCGAUCUGGACAGCAAUGAAUAUUUACCCACCUGCAUUGAGUACAGCCAUCCUGGGGAUGAUCAUAAACGAAGUUCGCACUGCAGUUCUCGUCCCGUCAGCAGGAAGAACCGUGGUUACUCUGUGGGUCUGGGUCGCUCGCAGUCAGGAGGUUUGCCUGGGCAAGAAGAUGCAGCGUUAUGCUACAACGAUUCAUCCCAAGCCCCCUGCAAAACACCCUCAUCAUCCAGCUGGGAACGAUGUAGCUCUUCUGAAGCCUCUCAAAGGAGUCCAUCGGUGACCUCCGACCCCUCGCAGAGAUCAGUUGAGAGCCUUUUCUCCGCCAGCAAGCUGAGCCUGAGCAGGACACGUCUCCUGACGAAAGCCGCCAGGGGCUUCAUGAGCCGGUCGCAGAGCAAAAUCAGCAACUCAGUAGGAGAGAGCGAAAAUGACAACAAGGACUACAUCCCUCUGGUGUCAUUGCAGCUGUCUUGUGGGGCGUUCAUGUUGGACAGUGCCUUGUGUGAUGCCAUCAACGUGCCCAUGGACAAGCUGAAGUGGACGUCGCCCUUCACCAGCCACAGACUCAGCCUUACUCACGUGUCCCACUCCGGCUCCCGCCGCUCCGAGAGUCUGGAGGUCCACCACGGCUCCUCGCCUCCUCCAAAAGACUCAGACUUCAACGAAUGCGAGGAGAUGGUAUCCCGCACGUCUUCUUCCUCAUUCCAGGCCCGAAGCCCUCGGACGGAGGGCGAGCCUUCGUUGUUGAGUGGCUUCUCGUCGAUGUCGACCGAAGCCCCUCCAUCGCCUGUCAACUCUUUGUAUGACAGCGGACGGGGGUCUGAGUCUGAAAUCGCGGAGACACCCCUGCCGGGUUCACCCGGGAUCCUGCGAAGGGCCGUGCAAGACACCGAGGGGAUGGUGUGGGCGACUGCUGUUGCUCUGGCCUGGCUGGAACACAGUUCGGCCAAUUAUUUCAUAGAGUGGGAGAUGAUCGCCGCCAAGGCCAGCAUGUGGCUAGAUGAACAGAUCGUCCCAGAGGGCCGAGACCUGGCGUCGGUCAAAGCCACGGCCAAUCAACUCUUCAUCAUCCUCAGACACUGGGACGAGAACCUGCAGCUCAACAUGCUCUGCUAUAACCCCAACAGCGUGUGAGGCCUGAUAGGGUAGGGACAAAACUUCAAACUAUGCGAAACGAGGGUUUUACUCGCCUUGAGUUGUUUUAAUGUUUAUUCUGUGGGUUUCGUUUUAGUUUUAUGACUAGAAAUCGUACCAGUAUUUCAUCCGCCGAAGGCCAGAAACAUACUCUGCACAGGUACGUAGACGCCAAUGUAUUGCUAGCUUCCUAUAGUAUAUAUGUAACUUGUUUUCUUGCAUUACUGUAGCAGUAACAAACUUGUAAAAGACUGUAUCUGUCUCCUAUUGAAAAAAU